AUCGAUUCGUCGGUUUGUGCGACGGAACCCGUUGAAUAACCGAAUCGAUUGCGGUGGGAAGAAUCGAUUCGACCUCGCCGCGAUUCCAUCGCCUCGCCGAUGUUACGUCCUCGACGGAACCGUUCUUCGUUCUUCGUUCUUCGUUCUUCGACUACGUUUCGGUCCGGUCGUGAGUGCGGCGCGCCGUUCGCGUACAGAGCUUGAUUCAUUUGGAUUCAUUUGCGAUUUCGGUGGCGAAAACCGUCUUCUCGUGUCGUUGUUUCGCGAUGUUCUGUUGGUGAUUUCGAUGCCUAUGAUGGAUAACCGUUAUGCGGAGAAAAGGUGACCAGGGUGCCAUGGCCUGGCAUGGGAAGUUUCGGCCCGGCUUGCUUCUUCUUCUCUUCUCGUUCGUUGUUAUAUCGGAGGCAACGGCAAAGGCGCUCGAAAUUCGUUACGAGACCGCGUACGCUUGCGAAGGAAAAAUACUGAAAAUCGAAUGCAAGGAAGGCGAACUGAUCAAACUGAUACGGGCGAACUAUGGCAGGUUUUCAAUCACAAUAUGCAACGAUCACGGUAAUACCGAUUGGAGCGUGAACUGCAUGUCACCGAAAUCCUUAAGGGUCCUCCACAGCAGGUGCACCCACAAUCAAAACUGCAGCAUUCCUGCCAGUACCAGCAUGUUUGGCGACCCAUGUGCUGGUACACACAAAUACCUUGAAGCUCAUUAUCAGUGUUUACCAGCAACAACUACAACAACAACAAGUCGCCCAAGUCCACCGUGGCUGAUCACCUCGCAACCACCAAUGUGGACAACCAGCAAACAACCAAGUGCAAGGCCAACAGCACCGCCACCGACGAAACCGCCCGUAAUGUCUCCACCAUCAGCUUCCGGUUCUUCGUCAACGUCCAGAUCGAAACCUACGGCUGCGACUCGCCAUUUCUCGAUGACGCCGCCUCCGCAACAGCCCGUACAUCCAGUCGAGCCGGCUGUCUCCGAAGAGGACGACAAACUCUAUCACAUUCCAGACGAAAUAACGACGCUUCCUUUCACAACGGUCAUACCAAAUGGAGAAGUCGAACACAAUAAGAUGACCUACGAUGUCACGUAUUCUUCGGUGCCGAGCAUGAUCCCGUCGUGGGGAAAAGAUGCGGACAGCAUACCGUAUCAUUGCAGUCCCCAAACCGUGCGCAGCAUAUAUUGGAAUUGGACCAAGGUUAACACGACUUCGAUCCAACCGUGUCCCGGCGGAACCACCGGCUUCGCCAAGUGGCAUUGCCAAGCCGUGCCCAGCCUCAAGGAGCCCCACUGGUUCCCCCCGAAUCCCGAUCUCAGCGAGUGCCGGUCCGUGUGGCUGACGAGCCUGGAACAGAGGAUCAUCGUCGGCAGGGAUCCUUUGCUCUCCAUAACGAACGACCUGGCUCAAGUGACGAGCAGCAAAACCCUCUUCGGCGGCGACAUGAUGUUCACCACGAAAAUCAUUCAAAAAGUAACCGAAAAAAUGAGCAAGGACAUCGAAACGUUCACGGACGCCGUGCAAAGGGAGCAAUUCGUAACCGAGCUGCUGUCCGAUGUGGCACAGACCAGCAGUAACCUAUUAGACGCUUCCCAGCAUUCGUCCUGGAAAGACUUGAGCUAUAGGGAACAAAUGAACGUGGCCACUUCGUUGCUUAUCGAAUUGGAGGAAAACGCUUUCCUUCUAGCCGAAACUGUAAAUAAUAAAAAGACUGUAAAUCGAAUGUUCAAAAAUAUACUACUCUCUGUACGAGUUUUAGACGUAAGGUCUCUCUCGCCCGAGAAAUUUCCCGAGGAAGACGUCAGAAGAAUAUGGCAAGUCAGCAACGACACCAUCGAAUUGCCGAGGGGAGCUUUAUUAGAAAACAGCGACGGUUCCUUAGUCAGGCUGGUCUUCGUCGCGUUCGAUCGUUUGGAAGAAAUAUUGCAAUGGCAACCCGAAGGGACCGACACGCUCAAUCCCAGCGAUAACGUGUCGAAAAUACUGAACAGCAAAGUGAUAUCGGCGAGCUUGGGUAAAGGGCGACACAUCCAGCUGAAGGAGCACGUCAAAUUGACCAUGAAACAUCUCAAGACUGAGAACGUGAGCAAUCCCACCUGCGUAUUUUGGGAUUAUACGACUAACGCCUGGUCGGAGGAAGGAUGCUACGUGGACUUCACGAAUUCGACGCACACCACUUGCUUGUGCGAACAUUUGACUAACUUUGCCAUACUAAUGGACGUCCAUGCCGUGUAUUUACCUAUGUCCCACGAGAUUGCCCUGCAAGUUAUUACAUACGUAGGAUGUAUCAUAUCUAUUAUAUGCUUAGGUUUGGCUAUAAUCACAUUCCAGUGUUUUAGAGGAUUAAAGAGUGACAGAACGACAAUCCAUUGUAAUUUGUGUAUAUGUCUAUUAAUAGCAGAAUUAAUAUUCCUAUUUGGAAUUAGUCAGACUGAAAAUAGAAUUGUUUGUGGAGUUAUAGCAGGAUUUUUGCAAUAUUUCUUUUUGUGCGCCUUCUUUUGGAUGUUCUUCGAAGGUUUCCAACUGUACGUAAUGCUUAUAGAAGUUUUCGAAGCUGAAAAAUCGAGAAUGCGCUGGUAUUAUGUCAUAGCGUACGGUUCUCCUCUCAUUAUAAUCCUCAUAUCAGCUCUGAUAUAUCCGCAAGGAUAUGGUACUUAUAAACAUUGUUGGCUACAAACGGACAAUUAUUUCAUCUUCAGUUUUGUCGUACCCGUUGCCGUUAUAAUUUCAUUGAAUUUAAUAUUUUUGAUAAUGGCGAUAGUAAUGAUGUGCAAGCAUGCUAAUAAUUCGGUCUCGAUGAAAAACAAAGAACAUUCCCGACUUGCUAGUACCAGUGGAAAGGAGGAAAAUGCACUUCAUACCAAAUUUCAAGCUAAUUUGGCGUGGUUGAAAGGAGCCUUCGUUUUGGUAUUCCUUCUAGGUUUAACUUGGACUUUUGGUUUCUUGUACCUGAAUAAAGAAUCGGUUGUCAUGGCUUACAUUUUUGCAAUUCUAAAUUCGUUGCAAGGAUUCUUCAUUUUCGUGUUCCAUUGUAUACAAAACGAAAAGGUGCGGAAAGAAUAUAGGAAAAUGAUUAGGAAACACUCGUGGCUGCCGCAGUGCUUGCACUGCUCGAGCCCCGGCGGCGCCUCGGGCAGCACCAGCGGCAGUUCCGGCAUGGCCAAGGAAAGGAGAACCAGCCUGUUUGGCGGUUCCAACGGGAACCCGUCCGGCGGCACUAAUUCGCAUUCCACCGACAAUUCAGUACUGACGCCUCAUGGAACUAGUUUGCAACGCGACUGGAACUCCCGCAGUUGUACCAACGUCAAUCGGGUGUGCAAAACCCCCACUGCUGUAGCCACGUCUACGUCGGCCAACAUGGCUGCUACUCUGUCGCGACCCAACAGAACCGUUCCUAUGACCCUUAUCCCCGAUCCACUUCAGGAAUCUAAUAACACUUCCACACUACCGUACGCUCGUAACUUGUAUAAAAUGUCUAACAAUCAUAAUAUGCAUAAAUCCGUAUCCACUUGGGGUUCUCUACACAAAUCUUUGCAUUCUAAGAACACUUCUUUUAAAUCGUGCAGUCGCGAUUCCGGCCACGGAGGAUCCGAGCAAGAGGACUCGCCGAGAACGCACAUGGUGUUGAGCCAGGAUCCCGGAUUGAUUUCGAUGCAUCAUACACUAAAUACCAAAGACAUCCGUCAUCAUCAGAUGCUGCAAGAACGUCCCAAAGAUUUCGCCGAUUUUUGCCUCGAUCCGAACAACGUCCAUCCGAAACACUGCAUGCUACCCCAUCAAAACUACCACGGCAAUUCGAGGAAGAGACCGACCGGCGCGGGCCAUCACACCUACACGGAAAUCUACGACGGCCAGAGUCCCAGAGGGAUGCUCGAAGACGAUCCCGUCUACGAGGAGAUCGACAGGAACGAGAUCCAAGUGUCGGACAUGAGCGACGAAGACGGCAAACGGCAGAGCGACAUGAGCAGACAAUCGUCGAGAUCCUACGGUGAUCAUAGACCUUUGAUACCGUACAGUCCCGGCAACGACAGGGGCAACGUGGCUAUCGGCAUGGACACCUACAGGAGACGGAACAUGAACAUGGCUUACAGACCGGGAUUGCAGGGCGAUGCCUCGGUGCAUACCUUAGCGGCCGUUUUGAAUGGGGAAACUGUCGUCUGUCACUUGGGACCGCAAGAAAUUCAAGAUCCUAACGAUUCAUUUGCCUCACGAACAUUAGUCCUCCCUCCGUAUAGUGAAAGUUAAGAGUUUUAAUUAAGGAAACUGCCAUUUUGCAAGUGAAUAUCUGUGAUUACCACAUGAUCGGACUGUAAGAUCAUACAUUUACGUAUAAUAUUUAGUAAAGCUCAGCUUGUAUGAAUGAAGGGAAGUGAUAAUUUUAUAAUAAUAAUCGACGACUAUUUUAUAAACAAAAAGUAUUUCUGUGAAUUGAUUCAAAUAACUAUUAGUUGUCAGUUAACUCGCUUACUUCGCCUUUAGGUCGAAUUUUGAUAACAUUGAACUCUAGUCGAUAUUUGUAUAUCCUUAGAUGUUUUCCCUACUAAAUAUAAGUCGUCAAAAUAAUAUCCUAGCGUUUAAUGUAACCGCUGCACAAAUUCGACUGAAGAAUCUGAUCUGAUUAAAAUUUGACCUAAUGUGCAAUCAUCUUAAAUCGGUCUCAAAAUCUCUCUUUACCUAACUACUAUUAAUUUUGCGACAUAUCUAAUCUUUAAUUAAUAAUCUAAUAAUAACCGAAAAAUACAUUGUAUUUGAACAAUAGAUAUUUCAUUCGAUUUGAGACCGAUUUAAUUGAACUCUCCUCUCCGAUAUAUUGAAUAGUUGCAAUAAUUUCAUUCUAUCCUACUUUACAUCGUCUUUCAAAUUUAUUUUAUAUAUUUAAUAACUACGUUGAAACGAUUUUAUUUUUUUUACUACCGGCGGAUAUUCUGUACCUUAAUGAGAAAUAUUGCUGAAGGCAGCUUUACACGUUACGAUUGUCCAGGUCUGUCGAAAUUCCUUCGAACUGAACUAUAUUUUUUAAUUUGAGUAAAAUUUUCGAAUGUAUUUGUCGAAUGUAACAGUCGUAAGUUAUUGAAUACAUUCCAAUAGAGACUGAAUGUAAAAAGUGUGUAAUUGAUUUAUAUCUAAUCUUCUGUAAAUAGUUUAUCAAUUGAAACAAAAUUUUCUAAUUCAUUUUGAACGACGAUACUAAUUAUUAAAGAUACGAGUCCAUUACACAUUGGGUGUAUGCAUAUUGUAUAAUAAAUAAUACAUGUUAUUGAUAUUUUACAUGAUACUCAUCAGAACAAAGAAUCAUAAACUCAAUCCACUAUUUUGUUAAAAAAAGCAUUACACGUAUAUUAUAUAUAGUAAAUAAAAGGUACUUACUACUCAGUGUUAAAUGUAUCAAGUUUAAUUAAAUGUUGAUGUUUUCAGUUUAUUCUACUUCUACCAUCCAAUUUUUAGCUAUUACUUAAGUUUUUCUGACCUGUUAGUUUUAAAUUGGAAACUAUUUAAUGAUCUACGACUAUGAUUUUAUUUAUUUGUAAUUAUUUAUGUAAAAUUUUAUUGGAUUAAUGAAUAGCGUGCUUUUUAAGUUGUUACUUAGUGAGCACAAAAACAUGUAAAUAUAGGAAUGAAGUUUAUAAUAUUAAUUAAAAAUUUCCCAAUAAAUUGGAAUAUGUUGUUUCAUGACCACCACCCACUAGAAUUACUCGAUAGAACUCGA